AGUUGCUGAUUUGUAUUUGUCCCGAAGCUCUGGCCUCUCGCUCUCUUGGCUAGCCACUUUUAUCAUUCAGAAACUUCCGGCUUUGAAUGAGAAAACGAAAACAUAAGCUAACCCGAAAGCAAAUACCGUCCACACCAUUUUCUGGAUACAUUAACUUGAAUAUAUUAGCACAUACCCCAGCUGAAGCAGGUCUUUCUACACCCCCUCUCUCUGUCAGUGUGGAGUGCUGAGGUGUGCCCUAGUUGAUCUCUCCAGACACAUGUACGCUCUCACACACACACACACAUUCACACUCGUCAGUUGUCUGACAAGGAUGACCAUGGAAGAGAUGAAGAAUGAAGCAGAGAUGACCUCGAUUGUUUCCAUGACGCUCUACGCCGUCAUGUUCCCUGUUUUUAAUGAGUUGGAGAGAGUAAACCUUUCGGCAGCUCAGACUCUGAGGGCAGCGUUCAUAAAGGCAGAAAAGGAGAACCCAGGACUGACCCAGGACAUCAUCAUGAAGAUACUAAACAAGAAGAACGUGGAGGUCAACUUUACAGAGGCACUCCUGCGCAUGGCUGCAGAUGACGUUGAAGGUGUGGCUGUGGCUACAGAGUAUAUGAUUGACAGGCCGGAGUUGGAAUUCCAGGAGUUGAAUGAGAAGGCCAGGGCCCUGAAGCACAUCCUCAGCAAGAUCCCUGACCAGAUCACAGACCGGGUGCGCUUCCUGCAGACUAUCAAAGAUAUUGCCAGUGCCAUAAAGGAGCUGCUGGACACUGUGAACAUCGUUUUCAGGAAAUACCAGUAUCAGAACAGAAGGGCACUGGAACACCAAAAGAAAGAGUUUGUGAAAUACUCGAAGAGCUUCAGCGACACGCUCAAAACAUACUUCAAAGAUGGAAAGGCGAUAAACGUGUUUGUCAGCGCCAACCGGCUCAUCCACCAAACCAACUUAAUACUGCAGACCUUCAAGACUGUGGCAUAGGAGCACGCUAGUUACAGAAACACACACACACAUACACACCACAGCUUUUGACAGAGAAUAGAAAACCAUUUAUGUACAAUAUAAAGACUUCCUUUUUUGAACUGUAUAAUUUAUACUGUAUGUAUUGCAUUAUUGAGGGGUGGCGGUGGGUUUUGGCUGUUUGAGGCAUUUGGUUGCAUAGUUUUUGUCAGAGGUUUGUCUAGAUUUCUUUUUUUGUAAUUAAAUAUUUUAUGUUUUCUUGAAACCGCCACAGAGAAUCUUGAGAUUUCUUCUUUUUUUUUAAGGGGGGGGGGGGGUUAUUUUAAUCCUUCUCACUCCCUUCUACCUUUCUUUCAUGCACUCUUAUCUGUAACCAAGAAAACCUCACCAUUUUGACACAUUUGGAUUAUCUGUAGCAAUAUGGUGGAAAACCCUCAAUCCUAAUUAGUUCGACUAUUUCACUUACCAUACAGGUCUGCCUAGAAGUCCACUAGCCCUGCUCUCACUUUCUAUCCCCUUAUCUCUCUUUUUCUCUAUCCCUCUUUCGCCACCUCUCUCUCUUUCCCUCUAUCUCUCUCUCUCGCCAAAAGACUGGGCCUUAAACCGGCAGCGUAGAGGCACCCCUUAAAACAACCAUGUGUUCCCGAGCAACGAGACUUGAUAAACCACGAGUCAUGUAUUUCAUAAAAAAAAUAUUUUACGGUUGCAAACAAAAUGUUCCAAUAAAUAGUUUGUUUUUGUGUGGAAAUAAUUUUGUGUUCUUGGUAUUCAGCCUGUAAAUCAGUGAACUGUUAAGACUGUUGCUUGCCUUUCGAUUUUUUAGCAGCAUCCCCCCCGAAACCAUUUCCUGUGGCUGUGUGCUCUUCUCCAUGUACAGUAGUAGAUUCUCCAUGGUGGAUUUCCAAGCUAUUCUGAGUCUCCACCCGUUUCCACCAGCUCCUGUAAUCCAAUUUUAAAACCGUUAAUUCUUAAAGCUUUAUUAUUGAAAUCGCUGAGACCUCAUUUCAGAUCCUGUCGCCGUUGACGACCGCUGUAAUCAGCUAAUUCAAAUUAUUCCAGGCCAUUAAGUGAUAAGGAGGACUCAGUCACGGUCACUCGAGUGUGAGUGUGAGAUCAUUACAGCACAAGUUAUAAAGUGUAUUUUAUUUGCGUGUGUCAAUGUGAGAGGCAGUGUGUGUGUAUGGUGCCAUUGUGUGUAGUAACUUAAUCCUCAGAGACAGUUUUUUGUCAAUUAGUUUUCCAAUCUUGUGCAUGGUGCAACAUUUUUGUGUGUUUGAGAGUGGAAGGGGAGGCAGGAGUCUUCUGGGGGGUAGUCUAAAAACUAAAAUUUCUGGUCCCUUUACCAAUGUGUGUUUGUAUCUUUGUAUAUUUGUGUUAAGUGGUGGUGAUUGUUAAAACAAUGUGAGUGCUACAACAGCAUAGUAUCCUCUUUAUGACUGACAAGGGAAUGUUAGUAUGUUCCUGUUGUGUGUAGCUACCGUACUGGGUUUGUGUGGAAGGUAAUUGUACCCGUUUCCAAGAUAAGCUCCUCUCCCACAGACAAACACUCACAAACGGCCAGCCCUCAUAAACACAAUUCUCUCUCACAACUUGGUUGCCAGGAGACUUAGCCAAAAGCUUUGAGAGUGAGGGAUAAUAAAA